AGUCGGUUGAAAGCGCGCGAUGGACUCAGACCGUUGUGAAGAUACUUCAAGUAUUCUUGGCUACGGGCUAGACGUUAAACCAAUAAGAAUAGUCGCAAGCCCUCAUACGGGGCCCAGGCAUACUAUAGAUAACAUUCUGGGACUUGUGAGAAAAGAUGGUGAUGUGUUAGAGAGAUCACAAACUCCUGGAAACGGUGAAAGUGCUGGCGAAGGGAGCUGCAAUUCCAAUGACGGUGUCAGCGAUCUCCGCUACGGAAAGAUGGGAUCGGCAACAACGGGAAGCGGUUCAGAAGAUGAGGGAGCAACAAAUACGUCCGGGCACUCAGAAAACGAUAAUUGCAAGAAAAAACACCGAAGAAACCGAACAACAUUCACAACAUAUCAACUACACGAAUUGGAAAGAGCUUUCGAAAAAAGCCAUUAUCCAGAUGUUUACAGUAGAGAAGAAUUAGCUAUGAAAGUUAAUUUACCCGAAGUACGAGUACAGGUUUGGUUUCAAAAUCGACGAGCGAAAUGGAGAAGACAAGAGAAAAUGGAAGCAGCUCGACUAGGUCUAAGUGAAUACCAUGCUGCGACUCUUUCGAGGGCAGCUGGCUCGAGUCUAACUUUACCGAUGGAUCCAUGGUUGUCACCACCACUUCUAUCCGCUUUACCUGGAUUCCUCAGUCAUCCUCAAACGGGUUAUCCCAGUUACCUCACUUCUCCAAUAGCUACUGACCCUGGAAGGCCUCCCAUGGCGCAUUCACAUUCUCAUUCACCUAACAAUACUCCUCCUGACCUUAGAACUACUUCUAUCGCUGCUUUGCGACUUAAAGCUAAAGAACAUGUUGAAAAUAUUACUAAAGGUUUGCAAAUGGUUUAAGUGAGUGUGUUAUAUUUAGCUAUAAAUGACUGCGCCAAUUUGUGUGACCACGAAUUUUAAUUUUACCUUAAGCAUGGCGUACAUAUACAGCUCUAGUAAUUUCAAACAACAGUUUUAUCUGUAAAAGAAUGGUGUUUGAUAUUCGUCUUGAGAGCUGUCAUUUUAUCCUGUCUAUUUUCAUGGAGUAGAACUGAAACAGUAAAUUUUUGUUGUAUGUAAAUAACCUUGUAUAUUACAAUGUAGUUAUUAUAUCGUUGUUGGAUUUUUUGAUGAGGAUUGAUGUUAUCACUUGUAGUAAACCUCAUUUGAUAAUAGCUUCUUAAAUAUGAUUAUUUUAUAUGUAGCAAUUUAACAUAUUUUUGAAAACGACUACUGAAACUUUCGACUCAUUUUUCUUUCAUCGGAAAAUCACUUUUUGUACAACUGCUAUUGAAAAUGACACUUUGAAGAACAGUCAACAGUGUUAAAAGUGAAUGUUUACUUGAAAUCAUGGGAUGUUUGUCUGUAUGUCCUUUAUAGAAACGUAAACUAUGCGUUUAAUUAUAUGAUCUUUAGCUGUUGUGACUGAGCCAACGAAGAAUUUUUUAAAUUCGUUCUCUGCUUUGGUUUCAAUUCAAAUCAGCAUGACUUUUCACGGCAAGUAUGAAUUUAAUUGGAAUUACAGUAUGAAAUUCUUCCCAUUAUUAAACUAGUUUCAGUUAUUAUUUGAAAACAUCUGGUUCAACUAGUUCGCUACCUCUAUCAAAAAAACAACGCGAAAGGCAGAAUCGACGGGGACCUUCAGAAUGUCCGCAGGAGUUAAACAGGGUUGCAUUCUUUCACCUACCUUAUUUAACGAUUAUGGAGAAUACGUGUGGCAAGACGGAAUAUCAGUUGGCGUCAACCAUACCAGCAAUAACAGAAAUUAUCACCACAAACAUCAGAAAUUGCAGGCUACGAAGUAUCUUAGAUCCUUAAUUAACACUGGGAAAUGCGAAAGCAAAAUACACCGUCGUCUGAUUAUAACAAGAUCAGCGACUACCAAGUUAAAUAAAAUAUGGAAAAACAAAUCUAUCACGAAAACUUGGACUUUAAACAAAGCAGAUAAAAACCUAAUAGAAGCUUUCAAACUGUAGGUUUAUAGACUACUCUUACGGGUAUCAUGAACACCGAACCAACGUAUCCGUAUUACAAGAAAAUGGUCCACGUACAAGAGUGCUAACCAGAAUAAACCGCAUAUAUCCGCAAUCAUAUAGCUAGAAGAUCAGGAACAAAGGAACGAUUGAUCAUAACAGGGAGAGUAGAACGCAAACGCCCAAGAGGAAGAUCUCCAACUAGAUGGGUAGACCAAACAAAACCAUUAAUAAAUAUGAGACUGCAUGAUGCCGAAAAGAUUGCUCAGGAUAGGCAAGCAUGGAAACAACUUCUGAAUCAAAUAUAAAUAGUGUCACUUUAUCCUUUGGAGGAUAAUGGAAAGAAGAGAGAGAUUAUCUGAAUGCCUCAUUCCAAUACAGACAAUUUAUCACUUUCAGUUCGAAUUUAAGAUUUUCAACAUCGAUGAACUACUUUUCGAACGUAUCAAUACUGCUAGCAAACAAGCGCUGGAUCUUCGAAAACAGUGACCUGUAUAUUGUUUUUUGCUCUGGCGGUUUAAGAAAUUCUGCAGCAAUGAAGGUUAUUUGAUCAAAUGUAAUUAUACCAACUGGAUUGGUAAUGCAUUUUUUAUUCACGAUAACCUCCACUUUUUCGUUUCAAAUAUGCCAUUACCUUGAAACAGUUACAUCAUCACAAUUUCCAACAAGGGCACUCAAAUUGAUCAUUGAAAAUUUUUUAUUUUUCUUGAGUUUAUGCUAAGAAAACAGGUUAACUGACUUUGACAUUUUCCAGGCCGGGAAAUUAGUAUAUAUAAUACCUUACUAAUGGGCUGAUUUUCAAAAACAACCAAAUUAUCAGUUUUAUUGAUUAUACCAUCGACAAACAUAUUGAGCAGUCACAAACCGAAGACAAACAUAGGACAAAAACGCUAAAAGACAUCGUUGUAAACAAGCAUUUGUUAGUAAUUAUAGCGUUGGCAAUGUUCGCCAUUCACUACAACCCUGUGAUUUGGCAGUUUUAUGUCAUAUAAUUUCACCUAUUUUGUUAUUAAAAUAGGGCAGUCAUGCAAAAAAUUUUGUAUGACAAUCUCAUUUUUUUCGUGUUCAAUUCGUUCCGCUCGUUUCACAAACUUAUUCACUCAAGAAAUAAAAAUUUACUUUUAACACUCACAUAAUAAGUAAUUGAUUUAUGACGUUAUAUGAAAUUUCCGAAAAUUUAUUUGUUUGUUAUAAUAAACAUUGAAUAAUAAUAUAAAUAUGUUAAAUUGUUACUAAUCUUUGACCGAAUAUUUGAAAUGAUUUCAAAACUUCAACUUAUAUCUCUUGAUUGAUUGAUGGAAAAUAACAUGUUAUUUGAUAGAUAAAUUUGUAUUGAUUGUUCUUUUUCUAUAACGAAUUUUUUGGUGGAAAUUUUUAUUAAUACUGAAUAAGUGCAUUUUUAUGUUUGAUUCACUAGAGCCUAGGUCACGAAAAUCAAGACAGAAUCUAUUUUUCCUUCAUCCCUAGCUGAAAAGCUGAUGAAUUCAACGCGCAAUCAAUAUAAAACUAUUUUGACUGAAUGUACGAGGUCUGGCUAUUAAAUAAUGAGACUGCGCCCCUAGAGGGAGCUCUAGACGGGUUGAGUGAAAAACAUGUAGUGCUUUGGGUAUCUAGAUAUCUUGUCCAUACACGUCACAAAACACGUUUCCGUCACUAUUAUAAUAUUUGUGCAGUAGCGGUUUGAAACGAACGUUUUUUUUUCUCGUUUAAGUGAAAAUAACUUCGACUGAGUGCUAUAAACUGUUGCAAGAUGCUUAUGAUGACAAUUCUCUAUCUCGUGCGCGUGUUUUGAGUGGUGUAAGCGUUUUAGUGAGGGCCUAAAGAGCACUGAAAAUGACCAGCACCCAGAUCGCCCCGUGACUGUUUCAACUCCGGAAGCAGUAAGCAAAAUCAUCCAAAUUGUGCGCAUCAGGAUAAUUGCCAAGGUUGUAAACGCCGAUAAAGAAACGGUUAGUAAAAUUUUACACGAGCAAUUACACAUGACAAAAGUCUGUGCGAAGUUGGAGCCAAAAAAUCUGACUCCUGACCAAAAGCUCUUGCGUCAACGGGUCUGCUAAGGUUAUAAAAAGAUCUGCUUUGAAAGGGACCCGAUUUGAGUCGAUGGAAGCGGUAAAGCAAAGAGGAUGAUAAAAUCCUUUUUCGUAAUCAGUCUCGUUAUUCAAUAGCCAGUCCUCGUAUUAUUUAUUAUUUUUAUAGUAGAUAUAUCGUAAUCAAGCCAAUGAAACAACUUGGUUUGAAAACUUUCAUACGAUUUGAAUCAAUAUUAUUUAUAUUACAUUGAAAGUAUUAUUAGAUAUGGGUAAACUUUUCUAUUGGAUCUCAGAUAUUCAUACAGGGUUUUACGAAAGUAAUUGUUCAAACUGAAUUGGAAGAUUCGUUGCUUCAUUAUAUAUGAUGCAACUUGCUUCAAGAAAUUUUGAUAUUAAACAAGAUAAUGAAUGUGAGAAAUAUUAAUUCAAAUUUGUAAAUUGACGAUAUAGUAAAUGUUUAUGAAUAAGAGAGUAAUAAAACGAUGAAGUGUUCGUGCUAAACAUACAUGGCAUAAAUAUAUUGUACACUUACACUUACAAAUCUUUAGAUUUGCCCAAUCCAAACCUUUUUCUAUUUUUCUGUACAGCUUAUGGUUACAAAAUAUCAAUAAAUAACCGAAAACUUAUAUUUGCACUUAUUUUGAAUACGAUUUGUCUGAUAAUCUUCCGAUUCUAUUUGGUCUAUUACUUACAAACUACCCUAUAUAUAGUGAUUUCAUAAACGUGUAAAUAGUGAUAUUAAAUCCUUUUUAUUAUCGAAGUAUUUCGAAUCCCUAUUUAUUGUACUUUCUUUAUUUAGUGCUGUGAAUUUUUGUAAAUAUUGCAAUAAAUCAUCUUCUAAUUUAA